ACUUGGUUUGCAGUGUCUGAGCGCAUAUUUAAUCGGUCACCUGAGGAAGAAAUUCAUCGAGCCUUUCAACUUUUUGACGAUGAUAACACGGGAAAAAUAUCCUUAUAUAACUUAAGACGCGUGGCUAAAGAAUUGGGUGAAAACCUGGAUGAAGAGGAUCUUCAAGCAAUGAUUGAUGAAUUCGAUUUGGACGAUGAUGGAGAGAUAAAUGAACAGGAAUUCACGAAAAUUAUGUUGGAUGAUAUUUAA